AUGGUGGUCGUGGAACCAACCAGAAGUAUCGUGCUGAAUGCCAAGAAUAUCACUGUGAUACCAAAGAAAUGCGAGCUUUUCUCGGACGAUCAAAAACUUGACAUUGAAAGCGUUGUGGAGCAUGAAAGACUCGAAAAGAUGGAGUUCACUCUGAAGAGACAACUAGAAAGAUCAGAAAAUUCUCGCUUAAGGUCGUCUACAACGGCCUAA